AACCAUUGCAGCUAAAACCCAAACGAACUAUGCCCCGGAACAAAACCCUUCAACUUGAAGUAGAGACAAAGCACCCCGAAGUAUAGUUUUGAGCACAUCAAAUCAGGUUCAAGCAGACAUACUAUGGAGCAUCGGAGGCAGGUGAAGGGCCCUACCCAGUUCCGGGAGGCAAGGCGUGGGCAGAAUCACACUGGUGCCCCCCAGAAAGAUGCCUACGCCCGGCUGCUCAGCCAGCAUCACAGCGGCAAGUUCCGUGCCUACCUCAACCAGUUUGCUCAGCACCAGCAGCUGCACGUCGAGGAGAAUGUGGAGCUCCGGGCGAACGACUCCAUGCUGGAGAAGGAUGAUGUUGCGUCGGGCAAAAGGGACGAUGCUCCUAGAGGCUCCCUGAAUGCAAACAGACGCCCGCCUUCCCCCAGCGCUGGGGUGGAGGCCGAGAGCGGCCCGCCCUUUUGCACAGAAAAGCUCCAGGGGCGCAGGGAGCCCGUGGAGUCUUUCGGGGUGCACGGGGCGAACGCGCGGCAGAGCCGUGGUAAAAAGAGGGACCCCGGCGCCAGCCAAGACGAAGGUGCUAUGGAGUCCGGCGGGGAGGGGUCUGUGAGACAGGACGCCCCGAAACAGCAGCCGAAGAAGCAGCAUCACAGCAUUGUCUCGGCUAAAGGGCCCUCUCUGACAGGUCCCGCAGGUGCCUCUGGGAGCAGGGAUGUCAUGUUUCCCUCAAGACAAGGGGUUUCGCCCCACAAAACCAGUGGCCCUAUAGUUGAACAGGAGAAAGACGCAAGAAAGAAGCUGAAGAAGAAAAAUGUCGGUAAGGGCAGCGCUGUGGGCAGCUUUGAGGGAACAGGAGGUACAGAUAGCGACGGAGCACCAGUUGGGAGGAUGUCACAGGGUCGCUUUGAUAGGCCAAUUACAGGCCAGUCCCCAGGCAGAAUCUGCAGUCCAUGUGUGGCUCCAGAUAAAGGGAAAAAUAAGAACAAAGCAGGUAGAGGCAAGAAGAAGCAAGUAUUUGAAGCAUACAUGGAUAUCCAUGAUGUUUCUGCUGGGCUGAAGAGGGGAGAGCUGAUUCAGGGCCCAUUGAGAAUUAACCCUAAGAAGUACCAUGAGGCCUUCAUCCCUUCUCCUGACGGGACUCGGGACAUAUUUAUCGAAGGCGUAGUGGCGCGCAACCGAGCUCUGAACGGGGAUGUGGUGGUGGUGCAACUUCUCCCCCGGGACCAGUGGAAGGUGAUAAAGCAGGAUGGCGAUGGGGAGGGGCUGAGAGAGCCGGAGGUCCACGCCGAGCCCCCUUUGCCGUGUGUGGGUGCUGCUCUGGGCAGAUGUGCGGAGGAGGAGCACGGUCCUGACGUUGUCGCCGAAGCGCAGUUGGACAGAGACGACCAGGAAUCAGCCCUUGAUUUGCUUGCCAGCAGAAUAGAACCAUUAAACCUCAGCACUCCUGGGUCAGCUUGCCCAAGAAAUGGAGAAACCCCAGGUUCAAAGCAAGAUAAUAUCUGUGGUUCAGAUGAGCCUCAAACACUUGCCGAUAAGUUUCUUCAAAGGACUGGGAAGGUGGUAUACAUAGUGGAGCGGAAGCACUCUCGGGCCGUGACGGGCUUCAUUAAGCACCUGCCAGAAAAGGACUUCGCCAUGUUCUCCCCUGUCGACCACAGGGUGCCACGCGUUAACGUGCCGCUGGCCGACUGUCCCGAAGACUUCAGAUCGCGCCCCGGCGACUACGCCAGCACCCUCUUCAUCUGCCGCAUUACCGGCUGGCCUGAUGACUCCAACUUUGCUGAAGGGCGACUGGCGAAGAGCUUGGGCCAGGCAGGUGAAAUCGAGCCAGAGACAGAAGGUAUCCUGAUGGAGUACGAUGUGGAUUUUUCUGAUUUCUCAGAUGAGGUUCUGCGUUGUCUUCCCCUGCACCUUCCUUGGACAAUCCCACCUGAGGAGUUUAGCAGGAGAAGGGAUUUGAGGAAAGAAUGUAUAUUCACAAUCGACCCAGCCACUGCCAGGGACCUGGAUGACGCCUUGUCUUGUAAACCACUCCCAGAUGGAAACUUUGAAGUUGGAGUUCAUAUCGCUGAUGUCAGUUAUUUUGUGGAAGAAGGGAAUGCAAUGGAUUUGGUUGCUAGCAGAAGAGCGACCAGCGUCUACCUUGUGCAAAAGGUAGUCCCUAUGCUGCCUCGCCUGUUGUGUGAGGAGCUUUGCAGUCUCAAUCCCAUGACAGACAGGCUGACUUUCUCUGUCAUCUGGACACUCACUCCUCAUGGGAAGAUCCUGAGCGAGUGGUGUGGGCGUACGGUCAUCCGCUCCUGCGUGAAGCUCAGCUACGACCAUGCCCAGAGCAUGAUUGACAACCCGGAGAAGGUCUUCUCAGCCGAAGAGCUGCCCCCGUGCUCCCCAGAGCACGCCCUCUCCGAGGUCCACCGGGCUGUACUCCGCCUGCACGGCAUCGCCAGACAGCUCCGCCGGCAGCGCUUUGAGGGCGGGGCCCUACGGCUGGACCAGUUGAAACUGUCCUUCACUUUGGAUCGAGAGAGUGGGAUGCCUCAAGGCUGUUAUGUAUAUCAGUACAGGGACAGUAACAAGCUUGUGGAGGAGUUCAUGCUGCUGGCCAACAUGGCCAUGGCUCACCAGAUCUACCGCACUUUCCCGGAGCAGGCCCUGCUGCGCCGCCACCCCCAGCCCCAGACCAAGAUGGUGGACGACCUGAAGGAGCUCUGUGAUCAAAUGGGCGUGAAUCUGGACUUCACCUCGGCUGGAGCCCUGCACAGGAGUUUGAAUGAAACUCUGGGUAAGGACCAGUACUCCAGUGCCAAGAAGGAGGUUCUCACUCACAUGUGCUCCCGGCCAAUGCAGAUGGCCUUGUAUUUCUGCACCGGGGCGCUGAAGGACGAGGUGCUGUUCCGACACUACGCCCUGAACGUGCCCUUCUACACCCACUUCACCUCCCCCAUCAGGCGCUACGCCGACAUCCUCGUGCACCGGCUGCUGGCCGCCUCGCUGGGCUGUGGCCCCUGUUUGAAUCUGACAGGGGAGGAUAUUCAGAAGCAGGCCUCGCAUUGCAAUGACAGAAAGAUGGCUUCCAAACGUGUCCAGGAGCUGAGCUCAGAUCUCUUUUUUGCUGUUUUUGUGAGGGAGUCUGGCCCUCUGGAGUCUGAAGCCAUGGUGAUGGGCGUUUUAGACCAGGCGUUUGAUGUGCUUGUGCUAAGAUACGGAGUCCAGAAGCGGAUCUACUGCAAUGCUUUGCAAGGUCUGAAGGAGUUCCAGUUUCGUAAGGUGGGCAAGAAGCCAGAGAUGACACUGACUUGGGAGGCUGUGGGCCCAGGAGAGACACCUUCUCGCCAGGAUAUCUCCAUCUUCACUCUGGUGGACGUGGUGCUGAAGGCCGAUGGCGCCCCGAUGAAAUACAGCGCAGUGUUGAAGCAGCCUUCUGAGAAAACAUCACAGAACUCCACAGACUCCGAGUAAGGCUGAACACAGAGCCAAAAAAGUACAAAACAUACCAAACCUGCAAUGAGGAGGCACAGGCUUUGUUUUAAAAAGUGUUUCACAAGCACAGACCAUCUCGUUCAUAUUUUAUCUUUUUACUUUAAUUUUUAAAUUGGUAAAGUUUAGAACCAUAUUUAUUCUCUGCUGACUGUUUUGGGGGAUAAAAUAGAACUGGGGGCCAAAGCAGUUAAAUGAAUGAACUGGUUUUUUUUUUAUUAUUGGAGAUAUAGAUUUCCCUAAUUAUUCAGUGUAUAGUCUGUGCAAACUUAAUUUUAUGAGACAUUUAAGUUUUAGGAAGAAGCUUUAAAGUUAUUGAAGCUUUAAAAUUAUUAGGAAUCUUGGAGAUUGUAGGAGCCUUCAGCUGAGAAUUUAAUAAUGAAGAAAGAACUGUUCCCCCUAAUUAAUUUUACAUCACAAUAUAUCAUUGUGUUAGGUGGAUGACUUUUAUUACUUUACAUUCUCAUUAAAGAAGCCAAGCCAAACUGAAGACAUUUUAAAUACCUCAUUUAAUUUUUCUCAUGCAUUUACAGAGUAACUUUGAAAGCCUCAAUUGAUUACAACUGCAAAGACAUCAUAGAAAAGUUCUGAUUAUUUAAACAGAAUUAAAUUAUAAUGUCUUAAGGCACUGUAUACAGCGGAAUUGGGCACAUAAAUGCAGUUAAUACAUUUUUCAUUUUUUGUUCAAUAUUGGAAAUGUAAUGGCAAAUCUUGAUUUUAUUUUUUUCAUGUACAGAAUAUAAAAAAUGUUUACUUGAUGGACAUUCACCUGUUUAGGGAAUGAUAUUGCCACUUCUUACUUUAAUGUUUACAAGUGCUUGUAAAAUUGAACAUGAUUUUGUGAAUUGCACCCAUGAUGCAAGUGCUGUAACUUUUACUCUGAGGCUUAGUUUUACAUUCUGUAUAAUAUUUUUUGUAAUUUCAAGUGUUUUUUAGUGUUUUUAAGUGCUGACAUUUUUAUGAUGUCUGUUAACAUCGUCUGUGUGCAAAACUAUAAAUGAAGGAGAAAGUCCUGUUAAUAGGUUCAAGUGUGUCCUGUUCAUCUUACAAUAAUGAGUAAUGUGAAGCUAGCGGACAGUUCCUGUCUAGAUCAAUAAAUUUGAACCAUGACAUGUUAAAGCACUACAGACGCCACAAAUAUUCUUGUUCAUUUUCUUUUUAUAAUUAUGCUUUUUACCCCAAAUAUUUACUUUCAAUUUUUAGUGACUUAAUCAAAGGGCUUCCCUGUGUUUCAGCUACACUUUUGAAAACCUUUUAAAAUAAUGGAAGAAUCUUGUCUUUUACUUAUUGUAUCUGCUUUUUUUGCUACCUGAAGAAGAGUUAAUGCGUUAUAUUGCUUUGAAAAAAAAAGACUUAUUUAUUAAUGUCAAUUCAGAAGGCUUGUGCUGAAUGGUUCCCUGUGAUAUUCCUAAUCACAUGGAAUGUAAACAUAUUCAGAAGUCAGAACAUCUUUAAAUUGGUUGAGCUGUAAAUAAAGCAUUCCCAGUAGAUGUGUUGAGUAUGUCUGCAUGAUGGUGAAGUUAGCAUGACCAAAAUUCUAUGUAUUGUACAUCUGUUUUUUUUUUCCUGUUUAUUUUAAAUUAUCUUUCCUCUUGGGGUUUUAUUUCAUUGUUCAGGUUUUUGCCUUAUUUUCAGGUUCAGAUUUUUUUCAGGUUUUGCCUUAUUGUACCCAUAUAUUUCCUGGAACUUUAAUUUGAAAUGUUGUGGGGAAAAGAUGUUCUUUUAAUUCUGAGGCAUGUUUUCUGUUUUCUUUGCUUGAUCAGUGAAAUACAUAUUCCUCACUACUGUAUGAAGCCACGACCAUCUGUUCCUGUGAGAAUUUGUGCCAGAAUGAAACAUUUCAGUACUGUCAAACUUCAUUAUACAGCCCACAAACCUGUAAUUAUUUUCUUUUGGCUUUUUGAAAGUGUCCAUUGUUUUUAUUUUUUGGCAUAAAAACCUUAAUUUGGAUGCAGUUUAAGAGCUUCAUGUUAAAAUAUUUUUUUGGCCAAAAUAUGAAGUAACUUUUUUGUCUGAAUUUUGUGUGUUACAGCAUCCGCCGAAUUAGAAAUAACAUUUUAACCUUUUUGAGCAUCCUAUAGUUUUAUUCUCAUUUUAUAUCUACUGUAGCAAUGUAAUUCCAUAAAAUUUGCCUGAUUGUCCUGAUGAGAUAACAAGAACUAAUGCAUAAUCUGGUACGCCUGAAUACUUGAUAAUGACUGUAUGAGUACUACAGCGAUGUGUAGUUAGUCAUUUCCAAUUAGGAAUGGUUUGCAAUUAAAAUAGACAGUAUACUACAGUGUUAAUCCUGAAGAAAACCAUUCUGCUUUUCUUUUACUUCUCAGAAUGAACCUUUACAGCUUCCUUUGGAGCUUUCACACUGAUACGACACCCCCUUCUAACUGUUAAUGUUAUAUGUGUACACACUGUAUGUGCAGUGAUUUAAAUUAAGCAGUCUGACUCACCUAGUAUGUGAAACUUAAAGACAAUUAUCUCAUGGAGUGGAAGAAGGAAAUCUGCUUUUUCUUCUACAUGAAGCCUUAUGAACAUGAGACAUCCUAUAAGGAUAAAAAUUAGUAUGCAAGUUAGUCUUCCACUGAUUUCUUUAUUAAUACAGGAGUGUUUUAAUUUUUAUUUUUCAGCCAAGACCGCAAGAGUCAGGUCUGCAAUAGUAACUGUUAGCAGAAGAGAUUGCUUGUGUAAACUUGUUUCUCUUCCCUCUUCUGCGGUGCUGUCUGGUGUAACCUGUAAAGGGGUGAUGGGGUGUAACUUGUAGACCUUAUAAAAAAUGUUAAUGCUGCUAUGCGUCAAAGGUGGGGGGGGGUGGGAUUUGUGCUGUUUAAAGGCAUUUAACCUGAGCACAAAUUCAGCUUCACAAUCCAGACUUUGUAACAUCAGGUCUGAGUCAUUUCACUAGAUUGCCCAAGUGGUGGCAUCUUUUUGGUAGGGACACUGCCAGAGGGUAGAGUUGGGGUUAAGGAGAAACGGCUGUUUUGGGUUCCAAUGACAUUAAGAGACCCGUCCAACUCCCUGGGCACUUGGCGGGUGACAUCACCGAGGAGCAUGCCAGUCCUCCAGCUGGCACAGGACCUCCGGUGUCGCCCAGCAGGGCAUCAGAGCCUCUGUGUGGCCCGUCUGCGCUCCCUCGGUCUCCCGGCAGGGUACAGGCAUGGGCUCCGUGACCUGAGACGUGAAGAGACAGCGACUGGCGAGUCCAGAUUGGACAUGUGGGCCAUAACAGAGGGCGGGGGCAGGAGUGAGACCCCACUCAUGUCUGACGUGUUUGUUUACUUUGAUCAUCUUGCUGCUCUGUGGAUAUAAAUAAAGCACUUUUACCCCCUCUGA